AUGGAAAUGGAGGAAGGGGUUAAAGAUAAUGCUGCAUCAACCCCUAAAUCGAGGCUAACAAACCAAUCUAGGGCUCUUUUGUCGAUGCGUCUGCUUCAGAUUCUGUUAUUUUUCCUUGUUUUGGCUCUUGGGAUCUCGGUUGUUGGUAUACACAUGAUCAAGUUCUUGAAGAUUCAAUAUUUGGCUCCUGUGGCUCCAACCACUUUGAUCUCUAUGUAUGAUCAUGGGACUGUUACUUUAGAGAGCUUUAUUAGACCUCCUUUGAAUGUUUGGCACACAUUGAAUGACACUGAAUUGCUUUGGCGCGCUUCGAUGGAGCCACGGAGAAAUGUAUAUCCGUUUAAACGGUUUCCUAAACUGGCCUUCAUGUUUCUCACCAAAGGGCCUUUACCAUUUGCUCCACUUUGGGAGAUGUUCUUUAAGGGACAUGAGGGUCUUUACUCAAUCUAUGUUCAUGCAUUGCCUAAUUACAAACCGGAUUUUCCGAGGUCAUCUGUGUUUUACAGAAGAUACAUCCCAAGUCAGGCUGUGUCAUGGGGAGAGAUGAGUAUGUGUGAUGCUGAAAGGAGGCUUUUGGCUAACGCGUUGCUAGAUAUCUCUAACGAAUGGUUUGUUCUGUUGUCUGAAUCAUGCAUUCCUCUGCGGGGAUUCAGCUUUGUCUAUAGUUAUGUCUCUGGAUCAAGAUAUAGUUUCAUGGGUUGUGCUGAUGAGGAAGGACCUGAUGGAAGAGGAAGAUACAGAAAUGGAAUGGAGCCUGAGAUUGGUCACGCGGAGGUGCUCAUCCAGCUACUUUUGGCAAGGCUGAUAUAA